CUCAAUUCUAGUCGAAUGUUGUUAGAUGGUUGCCAUUAGCAACCAGCGCAAAGUAUAAAUAAUAUCAAGCAGGUGCAAAUUAUCUACUUGAUUACUUGAAGGUUUACUUGACAGAAUUCAUAGUUCAAAACCUACACUACGCCAUCAUACGUUCACGGACCAAAACUUACAUUUAUAAAAAUUAUUUAUUCCGUUAUUUCAUUGAUUAAAGUUUUACUUGGUUUUACGGCGCUCACUGCCUCCGAUAUUCUGUAUAGUCAUGUCCAACUGAAGAUAAACAUUUAUUUUACAUAUUGACAAUGUCUCUACGCCCUAGUAUGUUUCUUAUUAAGCAAUUCUCCGUAUGGAUUUGAAUUUUGACAUGAGUUUAUUAACAAUCUCUACAAAAAGGCGACGCCAGUCCGGCCUCCUCGGAUGUGUGCCUCCUCCAGGAAAUGAAGACCCUGCUGAAGAUGAUGUUGAUUCCUCUUUAAAUUUAAAUCAUACACAACCCUCAUGCUCUACAAGCUUUGUUGAACAAACUGUGCCAGCAACAUCAGAAUAUUCAGAACCAUCCCCCUCACAAUCACCCACAUUUUCACCUGAAAUGGGCAAGACUGAUUCAAACCUACCGGUGCGGCGAUCUUCAAGAAGAAAAUCUGUGAUAAACAUUGAAUCAUUGUCAUUGCCAUGUCCAACUUCACCAAAUAUACAAGAAGCUGAUGUGGAACCAGACUUGAAGAGAUUAAAGAAAAUAUAUCUUGAUAAACGCGUGCGAAAGCGAGUGCCAUCCUUAGAGACGAUUUUUGAAACGCCGUCCGAUGAUAAAAUUAUGAGUAGCAGGAAAUUUAAGCGUUUAAUUAGUUUCCAAGAACUACAGAAAAACAAGGUGCGCAAGCAUCCGAUGAAAGCAAAGCAAACCGUCGCGAAUUACAACAAGCUAAAACGAAAGAACAAAGUAUCUAUGGACGCGUUAAUGCAGAAAUUGAACAGUUUGGAGAAUGAUUCUUAAAUUUUCAGAGGCAAAGACUGACGUUUUUAAAUAAUCUAUCAUAUAUGCCUUGUUUUACAAGACUUAUACAAUGCUCACUAUGUUGGCAAAAAUCGACCGUUUUAAUUUCCAUUUUUACGUCUAACGAAGUUUUAAAAGGAUAAUGUAUAUUAGUGAUGGUUUUUGCAGCUGCAUACAAGAUUGAGCCUUUUACCAAAUAACAAUUAAAGCUGUUUUUACGCUUUUCUUUAAAUAACAACAAAAUGUUUAAUAAUGAUCAACCCGAAGAUUAUUCAAUUAUUCACAAAGAACAAAAACGAAAUAAAAAGAAAAUACAAACAUAGUGCAUUGAUGCAGGAUGUUAAACCAAAUGAAACGCAUAUUGCGACAUGAUCUUCUGUUGUUAGUACUAAUAAAUAGAUAUUUUAAACAAA